CGAAAAACGGGUAAAGUAGUAACUCUAAUUAGCAGAAAGGGAAGGUUUGAAGUUGAAAUCAGAAGAUGCAAAGAAGGCAACAACAGGCUGUGUUUCAAGAAUGGGUGGAAAGAGUUUGUGAAGCAAAACCGCCUGGUUGCUGGAGACUUUGUGGUCUUUAAACAUACAAGCCGCCUGAUUUUUAAGGUCAAUAUGUUUGAUCUCACUUGUUGCGAGAAAGAUUGUCAUGGCCAGUCAGAAACAUAUAACAACAUUAUUGAUGGAGAAGGAUGUGCCCAAGGAUCAAAUGGUGAUGGAGUGCAACUUCACAAACAUGAGAAAGUGACGACGGACAAAAAUAGAAAGAGAGUGACUAAAGGGGUGAAUAUAUCUCCAAGGGAGCAGUGUCCUCAAUUUACAAAGACAAUAACGCCCUACAAUCUACGGGCAAAGUUCCCUAUGAUGCAUGUGCCUAGAGCAUUCUGCCUGGCAAAUGGAUUUUGUCAUAACAUAGCUAUAACUUUGAAGGGGAGGAGUGGUGAACACCAAGUUAGCUUCAGAUUUUAUGGUGAUCCAGGUGGAUACAUUUGUGAUGGUUGGCGUGAAUUCGCUACAAGCAACCAUCUUAAAAUUGGAGAUACGUGCAUCUUCAAACUUUGUAGCGCAACUCUUACUUCAGAUGCCAUUAGUGUAUUCGAUGUUGAGAUUCUUCAUGUUGUGACUUAGUUUACUCUGUCAUAGGUGUUUGUAUUUGUAAGGAUACUGGUUUUCUAUUAAUGUUACCCUUUUUGGAGAAGUCAUUACGUUCACAAAAAAUAGCCCCGUUCACCGAUUAAAUAAUUUUGUCUAUGAACAUCCUAUUCUUAGAUUAAAAAUAAUCC